AUGGCAGACACACUGAAGACGGCCAAUGAUGCAACAAAGAAUCUUCCAGGCGGUGCUGGAGGUGAUCUGGCAAAAACAGAUCCAGCCAAGGGUGAUGUGCUAGGCGGCAGGAACAAGCCAAAUGAUAGCCCCACGGUCGGCAAGGAGGAGAAGAAGAACAGCUUGAGAAUCAACAUCGAGCUCGACAUCGAUAUCGAGAUCCAUUUGACAGCAAGAAUCAAAGGAGAUAUCACAAUUGGUCUAUUAUCAUCCUCCAGCUUCACUGCAGCUGCAUUCUCCAAUCCAGGCACAGCGAUUGAGUUCGCAGAGUUCUGA